AUGAGAUCGUUUAUAAUCCUGGUUAAUUUAAUUUUUCUUUUCGAAAAAAUUAGCGGCGAUCUUACACCGCCGGAUCAAAAAGAAAAUAAAUCUUGGUUGAAAAAAAAUUGGGUGCAAAAUGAUGAAGCUCUUUGUACUGGACCAAUUGGAUCGGUUCAAAAUAUUUUAAUAGAAGUAACCGAUACGGAAAUGAAAGUUUCUUACACUCCUCCGUUGGGAUAUGAAAAUUGCGAUUUAGAUUACAAAACCGUUUAUUACCAACAAUUAAAUAGGGCCGUUUUUCAAGAAACUACCAAUAAAUAUUUAAAUCAAUCGUAUAAUUAUUGGGAAGGAAGAGCUCUUUGCAAACUAAUUUUAUUGGAUAUAAUACCGAUUUAUAAUGGGAUUCAAGGAACAGGGUAUAGUUCAAAUCAAUUAACUGUUUUAGAAGUAAAGAAGUAAACAGCGCUUAAUAACCCAGAAUUUAG